AUGAGCCGGGCAACCGCGCUCGAGUCGGGCGGAGGGAGCGGUUCCGCCCUCCUCCUCCGGCUGUUCGAGUCGAGCUUCUUCGACGUCCACCUCGCCAUUGGAUAUCUCAAGACCUACCCGAACUCGAUCGGCAUCACACACUACCUAAUCAAUCGACUGCGGUCGUUCGAGUACGAGGAUGUCGAGUUCUACUGGCCGCAGCUGUGCUAUUUGGCCAUCACCCGCCCUUCACCCUCGACCGCACUCGAGAACUUCAUCUUAGAGCGAUGCCAGGAAGAUGCUCACAUCGCCACCCUUUGGUACCUCCAAGCCUCCCUCUCCGACCUCGCAGCAAUGCCAAAAUCAGAUCAGUUCGCCGCGUGCCGACGGAUCCUGAACCGCGUUCAGGAGAUCAUCUUCAGCGACCCUCCCCUCCCCUCCUCCGCCGCCUCUUCUUCCUCUCCCUCCAAAACGCCUUCCCCCCCUGCUUCAAACGACAAGCCGACGCAAGACGCGGAGGAGAAGCAGGACUCAAUCAACGCACCGACUGCAUCUUUCGUCGGAAUCGGCCUGCUCCUCGCGGCAAUCGGGAUGCCCCAACUCGUCAACGUCGCCGGCCGGAUGGUCGUUGAACAAGGACGGCGAACCGAGCCUCCGACGCGGGACGAGGUAGACGACGCGGAUGAGGACGGAGCAAGGGAGGGAGGGAACAGUGAAAGUGGGAGUGAGGGAGAGGCGGGUGUUGCGAAGGCUGUGGUGGCGAAGAAGGCCAAGACGGGGAUUGCGGGAGCGUUGUUGAACGGCUCGGCGAAGGGGUCGAAGAAGGCGACUGUAUCGUCGGCGUCGAAGCCAACCAAGCGGAGUCAGACGCAGCCGAACUACUUGCCUGGCGACCGGAUCACCGCAUCUCCUCGCAUUCCUCUGCCUUCCGCGCAUGAGUCGCGGUCCAUGUCUUUCCUCCCCUCGCCUUCCGCCAAGUCGCCGACCAAGCAGGGUCCGACUUCUUCGGGCGCCAGCUCCACCUCGCCUCUUUCGCCGCUUGAGCGACGUGGUUCACUCAAGCACAGCGUACUGCGGCAGAGCACCGCGCCGUCCCUUUCCGUCCCCUCACUACCCAUGACCUCCAAGUCCGCUUCGAACCUCCUCAACUCGCCCUCAUCCACCUCGCAGCACCUCUCCGGCACAAGCAUGCCUGGCUACGGUCUACCAAAGACCUUCCUCUCCCGCCUCCUUCUCCUCCAAGCAUGCCGAUCACAACUCGACCUCAUCCGAAGUCUGCAAGACAUCUCGACUCGCCUCGUUCUGGUUCCGAAACCCGCUCGCCUAUCGUCUCUCCGCGCCGAGCUGACCGUUCUCAAUCACGGACUCCCACGCGGCUGCUCACUCGGCAUGUCCACCCGUCCCCCUCCCGUUGCUGUCCUCCCCGACUCGACACCCAAGCCUCCCGCUUCCUCUCCGCAGCCCUCCUCACCCUUCGACAAGCCCCAUCCGCCCACCCCACGGCGCAAACAAGCCCGCGUCGUGCGCAUCUCGCCAGGCGAAUCGGUCGUCCUCAACUCAGCUGACCGCGCGCCCUUCGUGAUCUACGUCGAAGUCCUCGAAGAAGACCUGGACUUUGACCCGGAUCGCCGGAGCAACUGGGAGGAUCUGAGGAGGGCGUUGAGGGAGAGGGAGGGGUUGGCUACGGCAUCGAUUGGCGCUAAGGGAAAGGCGUUGGCGGAGAACGGGAGGUUAAGCCUCGAGAGUGGGAUGGACGGGUACGCGAAGCAGGCGGACGGGUCGUCGACGCCCUCGAAGGGCCAGGACGCGCCGGUGAUUCCGCAUCAGCCGACUUCGCCUUCGCCCGGAACGCCCUUUGCCGAGCGGGCAGAGUAUGCGCUGGGCGGCGGACUCGACGGCGGCGCACCGACCGAGGGGGACAUUGCUGCAGAACCGGCGGGCGAGAUGGACCUGGUCGAGCAGCUUUACGGCGACAUCUCGCUGCGGGACGACCCGCUUGCCGAGCCGCCAACGGAGGAGGUGGAGGAGGAGAUUCACAACCGGGAUGUUGACGAGGCUGCCUGGCGACGUAAGGACGAGGCGGCGAAGGCGAAGAGGCGGGACCGGACGGCAUCGACUGCUUCGUCGACAACCUCACGAAGCAGGACGUCUAUCAGCAGUGCGACCGGCGAACCCCUUUCUGUCGGACCGAAGGCGGCGAGGCGGAUGUCAGGCGGAACUGCACGACCAGGCGGACGCUCGAUUGCUUCUCGAGCGCCCAUCUCGCUCGAGGACUACGCCGAACGGAUGCGCAUGGCCGCCAUCAUGCUCGCGCAGCUCGACGCUUCGCAGACCGCUUCUCGUGGUGUUGUCGGUGCAGGGACAGCAGCAGCCGGAACCCUCGUCACCCUCCCUGUCUACACCGUCGCAGGGAUCGGAGGAGUCGUUGGCGCGGGUCUCGGAGCAGGUCUCGGAGCGGUCAAAGCGCGGUUGUCGAAGAAGGAGACCCCGGCUGCCUCGGCGGGACAAGGCGGUGCCGGCACUCGCGCGAGUCUCGACACGGCGUCUGCGGCGGAAGGGACUAGUGCGGUGGCAGGUCAGCCACCUCUCAACCCCGUCGCUGCGGCUUUGUCGCACGGUGCAGCCGAGGCAAGCUCGUCGUCCGGCUCGGCACCCUCGAAAUCGACCGCGACGACCGGAACGAGCGGAUCCUCGACGCCUGCGCCGCUCCCGACGCAGCGGCCACGAGUGCUCGCGCCCCAGGACGCUGCUGCCAUCCGUGACCGGAUCAUGAGCGAAAUGAUGGCGCUGGAAGAGGAGCGAAUGGAGCGGAUGAGGGGAGACGUCGAGUCGCGAAGUGGGUGGACCGCCGCGGCUGGUUCGGCCAAGACGCAGGACAACACGGUCGUCAUGCGGGCUGUCAACAAAGACGACCCGUCAGGCGCCGUCUUUGCCGAAUCCUUCACGUCCAAGACCGCCCGCAUUCGUUCCGCCUCACCCUUCGGCCACCUCCCGUCCUGGUCACUCCUCUCGUGCAUCGUCAAGACCGGCGCCGACUUGCGGCAGGAGCAGCUGGCCGUCCAACUCAUCAGCGAGUUCGGCAGGAUCUGGAAGGAGGAGGACUGUCCUGGCUGGGUCUACUACUUCCGCAUGAUUGUCACGUCCGAGAACAGCGGACUCAUCGAGACGAUCAACGAUGCCGUCUCGGUCCAUUCGCUCAAGAAGAAUGCCUACGCACGACGAGCAGAAGACGGCACGCAGGCGUUUGACUCGUAUUCGCUAUACGAUCACUUCGUCAACACCUACGGCUCUCCCGACUCGUCCAAGUACCGCAAGGCGCAGGACGCGUUCAUCCAAAGUCUCGCGGCGUACUCGGUCAUCUGCUAUCUCCUCCAGCUCAAGGACCGCCACAACGGCAACAUCCUCCUCGACCGACAAGGCCACCUCAUCCACAUCGACUUCGGCUUCAUGCUGUCCAACUCGCCCGGCUCGAUCGGCUUCGAGAUGGCGCCUUUCAAGCUCCCGCAGGACUACAUCGACAUCCUCGGCGGCUUCGACUCGCCCAAGUUUGCCGAGUUCCGCGCCCUGUUCAAGCGGUGCUUCCGGGACGCGAGGAAGCACGCCGAGCGGAUCAUCACCCUCGUCGAGCUCAUGCAGAAGGACUCGUCCCUGCCUUGCUUCUCGAACGGCGAGCUCACCUCGCAGCAGUUGCGCGAGCGGUUCAUGCUCUCGCUGCCGCAGGCCCAGCUCGACGAGUACGCCGACAAGCUCAUCCUCAACUCGGCGCAGAGUUCCUUCACACGACUAUACGAUCUCUUCCAGGGCUACAGCAACGGCAUCCUCAUCUAG